GAUCGCGGCUUGCUUUAUUCUACCGCCAGCAGUGAGUGAGUGUGGUUCAGAAGAGCUUUUUCCUGUGAAAGCGUACCUUCAAGUGUUUAUGGUGAACGAUAGUAGUGAGAGAAUUUUAAGAUGUCCAUAAAACGCAACGAGAAGGAUUAUCCUUACAUUGAUCUUGGCAAUGGGUUUACAAUCUUCGUUCAAGCGGACGAGUACACCGAUCCGGUGCUGAAGGCAAAGGCGGCCCGGGAAAUUAAUGAAACACCGGAAAAUGUGGAAAAAUCACUCAGUCAGUUGCGCGAGUUGCUGAAAACGGAACCGACCCUGUUUGUGCCCACCGAAAGCGAUGCGUUUCUGGUGAAGUUUCUGCGGCCUUGCCACUAUGACGCCCGCAAGGCAUUCCAGAUGAUCCAGUUCGCGUUCCGGAUGAAGGCCAAAAGCCGGGAGUACUACGAAAACACAUCGACUCCGUCCUCGGUGCGGCAUGUCUUCGACGAGGGAAUGAUCUGGUUCAUGCCGGAUCGGGACUCCGAUGGAGCCGCCCUAUGCGUGGUGGAAGUUGGAAAGAAAUGGAACACAAGCAAGGUAUCGAUCGUGGAGCUGAUUGCCGCCAUUCGGAUAAGCGUGGAAGCGGCUCUGCUCGAUCCGGAAACCCAGCUGAGCGGCAUGAAGGUCAUCUUCGACACCGAAGGCCUCUCGAUGGCACAAAUCGCCCAAAACAGUCCCAAACAUGCCGGUAUGAUACUGGAUUGGGUGCAGAAGGCGUGCCCCUUCCGGUUGCGCAGCAUUCACGUGGUCAACAAUUCGAUGAUCUUCAACAUACUGUUUGCGAUCUUUAAGCCGUUCAUUUCGAAGGAACUGCGUGAAAAGAUACAUUUCCACAACAAGGAUUGGAACUCACUUGCCAAGCUCAUCGAUCCGGCUUGCCUAAGGCCCAAGUACGGUGGCACAUUGGCCGCACCGGAGUACGAAGGCCGCCUGCUUGGAGAUUUCCUGCAAUUGUACGACAAAUACUUUGAUUCGCUUGAAGCGUACGGUUAUGAGGACCGUACCAAGGGGAGGUCAAAGUGAGCUGACAUGUCAUAAACAGUGUGUGGAUCUCUCUGUGUUCUGUGCAGCAGCGCCUACUUCAUCGCCCAUCCAGUAACUCUCGCGCAGCCGUCAAUGUUGACGGCUGUUUGCGUAGUAUGAGUGUUGAAAAAAUAGUGAUUUAAUACAUGAAUAAAUAGCGAAACUUGUUCUUAGGCCGGUAUACUUAGCCAGGUAUUACAAAUAUAUAGUUGAAGGUGACAA